UUCAAAUUUCAUGUCCUCUUUCUCAAACGACUCUACUAAUGAUUUGAAAGCUGAAACCAGGGCUGAAUCGCAUUUGCUCCUGAACAAUCGCUUCUGCGACCCUGAGUAAAAAGUUCUGUCUCAACGCUUCCACUAAACCAUUAAGUGCAAAGCAACUGAUGCUCAAUUCUUUCCUAUACUGUCGUUGUCAAUGAAAUGUCCUCCACGUCCAUUUAAUUUAGGACAUCUGCUCGCUUUUAAAGUCAUCUUCGGGUCAGGAUUGUUAGGGACAAAUCAAAUGUGGUCAAUGAGGUUCUUCGGCACGUGAUGAUGCCUCUGAUUUCGAAACCGGCUUUUCCAUCAGAAUAGCAAUGUUUUGGCUGUUCAUCAUCUCAUUGCUCACAUCUCACAUUUGAAUUCAAGGAGAAUGAGGUACCUCCUAAUCCUCGUUAGUUUGGGUCUUUUUCAAUGUGUCGACCUUAGUGCUUUUCUUUCAACCCUUCAAUUGAAAAGGUUGUUCAAGGACAAUAUUCUCACGGAUCGCCCCGUUAUCGGGGUCUUGGCUCAAGAGCUCACUUCGGAGCUGAAGGCGCUGUUCCCUCAACAUAAAUCCUACCUCCUGUCCAGCUAUGUCAAGUUUAUGGAACAAGCUGGAGCUCAAGUGGUCCCAAUCAUGAUUGAUCGGAGCGAUGACUACUAUGAGAAGCUGUUCAGCUCGAUUAAUGGAUUCGUUUUGCCGGGGGGAGAGGUGAAUAUAUCGAAUUCGGGUUACCAGAGAGCUGCCAAGAGGAUCUUCCACUUGGCCACCAACAGGGGCGAAUAUUUUCCCAUUUGGGGCACAUGCUUGGGAUUUGAGCAACUCACCCUACUCUCUGACAGCAUGAGGGACAGUUUGGUGGAUUGCGCCAGUGAAGAUCGAGCUCGACCCUUGCAUUUCAAUUAUCAGGCUUUUUCAACCAGUCACAUGGGACAAGCUAUGCCUGGCGACGUCCUCAAAAUCUUGGCCACCCAAGCGUCCACGGUGAACUUCCAUUCCAAAUGUUUGACUCCGGACAACUUUGAACGAUUCAAAUUGGGCAAAUUCUGGCAAGUACUCGCCACCAAUAGGGAUGACAACAAUUUGGGGUUCAUUUCACUCAUGGAGUCUAUCCACUUUCCGAUUUGGGGCUCUCAGUUCCAUCCGGAGAAGAACGCUUACGAAUGGAGUCAUCGACGGAAGAACAUCCCUCACGAUCGAGCAUCCAUUGAAUCCGUGGCAUUUUUUGCCAAUUUCUUCGUGCACGAAUGCCGAAAGAACGGGCAUCAUUUCUCUGACCGAGCCUCGGAAGACAAGCACUUGAUCUACAACUACAACCCGGUGUUCACGGGCACUCGCACUAUUGAUAGCCAAUUCACGCAAACCUACAUAUUUUACUAACUUUAAUAAAUGAUCUGUCUGGUAA